UCACCAGCUGGAAUAGGCUUUUUUAAGAAUCUUCCCUCCACAGAAGAGGGAAGAAUUAAUCUAGUUUUUCCUUGCGCUGCCGCAUCCUGCGGAUAUGGGAAAGGCUCGAAUCCUUCUCCCUAUGAAAAUGAAGAAAGAAUACGAAAAACUAACAGAAGAACAAAAAUGUGGAAUCUUGGUUGUUUUUGCAAAUAACAUUAGAGAUGUGUAUGGUUCAAUUUUUCCGGAAGAAAAGGGUGAUAAUUCUUUAGAUGACAAAAAAGAAGAUACUAUUUUAACUAGAAGACACCAAAAAUAAAGCUGUCGGUGUCUGUGAAAGAAUUUGUAAAGAUGUGACACCC